AUGGUGCCCCUACCCCUCUUCAAGCUUGCGGCCUUGUUCGUUCGUCACGUAUCCAAAUAUGGCGCCAACAAUAUCAAAGCUCAAGCACACGAUCACCCUCGGUUCCGCGCCUUCGCUGCCAAGUAUGGCCAGUCAAUACACCAAUUGAAUAUGAGAAUGUCCGUUGCCCUCCUCAGAAACCCCGAAGCAGAACGGCGAGCCAAAGAGAAAGCCGAAGCUCCGACUGUCAAGACCGAGGAGCAGACUAAGCGCGACGAGGAGCGGAAAGAGAAGGCGAAGACGGACCCGGCUGCUGCUGCGAAGAAGACCACUAGGAUUCCCUUUCAGAACAUUUGGACCCGAAAAUUCCGUCCGCUGCCCGAGGCCAAGGCCGUCGAUUUGUUUGCCGACGUCGUGGGGGACGCCUUCAUUCUGGCCGUUGCAGGUGGUUUGAUCGUGUAUGAGUUUUGGAAGAGCUCAUCCAAGCCGGACGCCAACAAAGAGAGGAUAGAAGAGCUGAACGAGAGGUUCGACAAGUUGGAAAAGAGAGAGGCCGAGCUUGAGGCUGCCGAGGAGAGGCAACGACAAAGACAGGAUUCACUCGAAGAAGCACUCCGAGCUCUGAAGGACCCCAAGACUAAGCAACCCUUGUUACCAGCGCUCCAGAGUGCUUGA